AUGGGCUCAGCACAGAAAAAGCAACUCAUCAUCAAUGCGUUUGCCAUGCAAUCGCCCUCUCAUCUUAACCCCGGCCUCCAUCGGUACCCCUCCGACCAAGGACCCAACUACAAGUCCAUCAAACACUGGAUCGCCCUGGCACAAAAACUGGAAGCAGCCAAGUUCCACGCCAUCUUCUUCGCCGACGUGCUAGGCGGCUACGAUGUCUAUAAAGGUCCCGCCAACCUCGAACCAACCAUCCCAGCCGGCGCACAAUUCCCCAUCAAUGACCCGCUAUACAGCGUUUCGGCCAUGGCGGCCGCAACGGAGAGUAUCGGGUUCGGCAUCACCGCGUCGACGACAUACGACGCGCCCUACGCCCUUGCGCGGCGGUUCUCCACUGUCGAUCAUCUAAGCAACGGGCGCGUGGGAUGGAACAUCGUCACCUCGUACCUCGACUCUGCGGCGCGGAACUUUGGUCUCAACACGCAGGUGGAGCAUGACGAGCGGUAUCGCAUCGCGAAUGAGUAUCUGGACGUUACUUACAAGCUGUGGGAGGGAUCGUGGCGGGAUGGAGCCGUCAACCAGAAAGAUGGCGUGGCGGGAUACGCGGACCCCAAGGCUGUGAGACAGAUCCAUCACCAGGGCAAGUAUUUCAAUGUUCCAGGCCCGCAUCUCUGCGAGCCGAGUCCGCAGCGCACGCCGUUUCUGUUGCAGGCUGGGACUUCGUCGGCGGGUAAGGCGUUUGCGGCUAAACAUGCCGAGGCGAUCUUUCUGAAUGGCCAGACGCCAGAGUUGGUCAGGGCGUCGGUGGAUAGUAUUCGCUCGCAGGCGAAGGAGCUUGGACGAGACCCCGCUCUGAUCAAAAUCAUCGCCGGGUUGCUGGUCAUUGUGGCCGAGACGGAUGAAGCAGCGCAGGCCAAGUUUGAGGAGCUGGCUAGCUAUGGUGACACAGAGGGUGCCCUGGCGCUCUUUGGUGGGUGGUCGGGUUACGACCUGUCCAAGUAUGAGGAUGACCAGGACUUUCGCUUUGUCGAGCAGCCCGCCAUCCGUAGCAUGGUCAACCACUGGGCCAGUACCGUUCCCGGAACGGACGGUAAAAAGUGGGACAAGAAGACUAUUGCCGAGUAUCUGCGUCUUGGAGGAAAUGGAGCCAAGGUGAUCGGAAGCGCGCAGACGGUUGCCGAUGAACUGGAACGAUGGGUGGAAGUUGCUGAUGUGGACGGGUUCAACUUCAGCUAUGCUACCAUUCCCGGGACAUUUGACGAUAUCAUCGAGUAUCUACUGCCUGAACUACGCCGACGGGGACUAUUCUGGGAGGAUUACGCCGUCAAGGGGGGGACAUUGCGCGAGAACAUGUAUGGUCUGAAGGGUCAGAACCGACUGCUAGAGACGCAUCCAGGAGCCAAGUACUUCUGGAGAGAGGGAGAGGAAGUUCCUGCAUAUGCAAGAGACGGACAAUGA